AACCAGGAGCUUCCUGGCCCAGAGCAGCCAUAACAGUCACCUGCUGGCCAGAUGAUCCUGCACUAGAAGUCAAGGGGUACAGAGUCUGUACCUCUCAAUCGAGACCUCUCAAUUUCAAGACAUUCCCCGCCUCUGAAUUAUGUCUUUCUCAUACUUGCUUCAGGAGUUGUGAGGUUCCUCAUUAUGGGAGUGCUCUGAAUCUUAAAUCUGUAUCGGGACUGCUGAGGCAGGAAUCAGAGUAAAUCCAGCUUCUAUCAUCAGGCCACACAGUAGCCAAUGGUUAAUCUCUGUCUAAAGUCUUACCAAAUAGGGAGUCCCUCAUCCUUCUAUCUCUCCAUUUGUUCUGAAAUGCUGAAAAAGGAUGACCUUUUGAAUAUUGAAGGCAUUAGCCGCCAUCUUCCAGAUGGGCUGCCUGGCUAAUGAAAGCAGCCAUACAUGAAAGGGCACCACUCCGGCAUUUUUAUCUUUCUUUGAAGGUAACAUCUGGUUAUUCUCAUUGAUCAAGCCCUUGCUCUGAUUGCAGACCUUCUUAUCCAUUUCCAUUAAUUAGGUACAACGCACCAUCACCCUAGCGAUUUUGGAUACACAGCAAAUACACACAAUACAUUGUCAUUGACCAGGAAAUGGCUGCAAUGACAUGCAGGUGGGGAGGAAGGCGGGGAGCCCAUUUCUUGGCAAUGAGAAAUCGGAGCUGGAGACCGCAACAGCCACCCUUGGGAAGGCAAUGAAAGUGGGAAUGGAGGAAUUUGCAAUAACUUAAGCAGCCACCAGAUGCCGUUGGUCAUUUGAUCCAUGAGUAAUUCCACACUAAGGAGAAUUAAAAGGGGGGGGGGGGGAGGAGCCUAGAUUAGCACUAGUUCAUAGCCUCGAAUGAACUCCAUACACCAUCUCCAAGGAGCAAGAUACCAACUCCCUCUGCUUGACCCCAGAGGCAAGGCUAGUCAGUGUCCUUUCUUUUUCCGCACUUCCCCUCCUUGAGGCCAGAAAGAUGUCAGGAAAGGAUAUGCUCCCUCCUGUUCAUUGCCUGGAGCUGCUCUGGGCAAAGGUCCUCUGACAGCAGGGAAAAUGAUGCCAGCUUGUCAAGGAAGGGCUGGAAUCCUUACUCAGAUGUGGCUUCCCUGCUCCCUCCUGCAGGGCUUUCUAGAGUCGGAACAGCCCAGGAAUAGUAUCUUCACGGGCACUAUCUCAGGCUUAAUGCAGGGAAAGGUGACUAUUCUUCCACAUCCACACAAAUCUUUGUUAAUAAAACCUCUAGGCUUCCAUUUUAAUUUCCUUUAUGCUUUUUUUUUUUUCUUCUUCUUCUUCCUUUUUGGCCCUUUGACAGCACCUAUUUCUUAUUUUUGCAUUUCUUCUUUCCUCCACAAAUUGUUCCCAAAACUUUUGCCUACUCGGUGGUCAAUGACAAUGUAGGCAAACUUUGCAGGCCUAUAUAAUUUGUGGGCCCCUCUCUGCUAAUAAAUUACAAGCUUUAUGAUAAGGCCAGACAGAAGUUUCAGGCUAAGCUACAGUUUUGUAGCUACCUAUUAGCCCACUCAGCCUGGAAAAUUCAACAAUCCCACUGUGAAUUGAGCCUGCAGUCUUGGAGGAUUUAGAAAUACCAGCAGUGUCCCUAUUCCAUAGUAUGGUGCAAAACUUCCAAGACGUGUCCUUUGGAAUCAGCACCGAUUCUGAAGUUCUGGCCCACUACAACAUCACCGGGAACACCAUUUCCCUCUUUCGCAUGGUGGAUAAUGAAAAACUGGAUUUAGAGAGCAAAGACAUUGAAAGCAUUGAUGCCACCAAAUUAAGCCGUUUCAUUGAGAUCAACAGCCUCCACUUGGUGACAGAGUACAACCCUGUGACAGCAGUUGGUCUAUUUAAUAGCAUGAUCCAGAUUCAUCUUUUACUGAUGAUGAACAAGGCCUCCCCAGAGUAUGAAGAAAGUCUGCACAGAUACCAGAAGGCAGCCAAGCUCUUCCAGGGAAAGAUUCUUUUUAUUCUGGUGGACAGUGGUGUAAAGGCCAAUGGGAAGGUGAUCUCAUUUUUCAAACUAAAUGAGUCUCAACUGCCUGCUUUGGCAAUUUACCGGACUCAGGAUGAGGCGUGGGAUACACUGGCCAUUACAGAACUUUCUGUGGAGCGUGUGCAAAACUUUUGUGAUGGAUUCCUCAAAGGGAAACGUCUGAGAGAAAAUCAUGCACCAGAAGAAAAGACUCCAAAGGUGGAACUCUGAUCUCUCCCUGAUACUUCUGCAUACUACCAAGUAUUUACAUGAAAUUAAAAAAAAAAGGCAACUCGAACCUCAGAGACAAGAAACGACAGGAUCACCAAGCCUUAUACACACACAUAUGCACACACACACAGAGCUCUCUGGGUUUUUGUUUUUCCUUAAAAUCUCAUUUAUCUCCUUAUCCUUUCUUUUAAAUUGUCUACACUCUCUCACUACCCAUCCCGUCGUCUUCUACGCAUUCACAUUGUGUAGUCCCAUACUGAAUGGCACCUUUAACAGACCUCCUGUGAUACCUCUUUGAAUGGGAGACAUUUCUGGAGAAGGUUUUUCUGAUUUGUCACUUCCUAUUGAAUCUGCACACUGCACAGGUCUUACAUGCACCAUAGAUUCUGUCCUUUUAAUGGUUAGUAAUGGGUAGAAAACUCUCUUCCUAAGCACAUGUCCCUUUCUAACUCAGGGCCAGGAACAAAAGGACAGUUUUAAACACCUUUCUGGAAUUGUCUUUUUGCCAGAGUCAAAUGAUGUUUCCAAGUCUCCAAACUCAGCAGAAACAGGCUAUG